AUCAAACGUGCUUAGUGCUAGUAAACCAAGCCACGUGGCUAAAUUGAAUUGGCUAAAAACAGUAAAAAGUUACAAUCAAUGAAAAAGUAGUUUGACUUUAGAUGAAUUUAAAGCAACACCAAAGGGCAACGACGGCCCCUCAGCUCUUGUCCAAAAGAAGUUCAGACCACUUCACUACACGACAAAACAGCACCCCCCGACAACUUGCCCAAAGCCCAUUAAUCAAAUCUUAUUUGUUGUUAAAACAAUGUGUUGUAUUAGAUUAAUACAAAUAAAAUCUUACUUAACAAUAAUCUAUAAAAAUUUUUAUUUUAUUUCUCUUCUGAAAAGUAAGCCAGCAAUAACAAUUAGACCAAAGAAGUUUACCAAGAUUUCUCACUCUCUUUUCCUUUUCUCUAAAAACUUUCACAUGAAGUUCUCUGUAAUUGUUUUUUUUCUCUCUCUUUCUUCUUCUGUGUUCUUUUCGAGCCGCCUUAUAUAAAACUUAUCCAUAUCUGAUCCUCUUUCUCUGUUUUAUUGAGAUUGUUAUGUUAUUUGAUUCAGCUUUGACCGUUGCAUCUUCCAGCUGCAGGAUUUAUUGAUUGGAUUUGCUUUCUGGGUUUUGAUUUUUUUUUUCUAACCUUUUGGGUGGGUUUUGGAUUGAACUUUAAAGCUCUUGAGCGGAAAGAGCUGGUUUUCAGUGUUUGGGUUUAAUCAUUAAGCUUCUUUGGUUAACGUGAAUUUUGGUCAGAGACUCGGUAGGGAGCUGGUAGGUGGCAAAAAGAGCAAAAAAAGAAGAAAACAAAAGCACAGAUUGACUGGUAGAUAAAAGAGAGAGAACUAAAAACAAGGCCAUAGAAAGAAGAAGAAGAAGACAUACCAACUUCGUGUGUGAAAAAGAUAGUUUAGAAUUGUGAGAUAAAUGCUCUAGAUUUUCACCUUCUUUUUUUGUCGAGUAGUUUGAUUUCAAAGAAAGCUCUCUCUCUCUCUUUUUUUUUUUUUUUAAGUCAUGCCGGUCGACUUAGAUAAUUCCUCAACCGGUUCCGGUGAAGCUAGCGUCUCUUCCUCCGGUAACCAAAACCCACCUCCCAAAACCACCGCCAAGAAGAAACGUAACCUCCCUGGAAUGCCAGAUCCAGAUGCCGAGGUGAUUGCUUUAUCUCCGACGACUCUUUUAGCAACGAACCGAUUCGUUUGUGAAAUUUGCAAUAAAGGGUUUCAAAGGGACCAAAAUCUUCAGCUUCAUAAGCGAGGUCAUAAUUUACCGUGGAAGCUGAGGCAGAGAUCGAGUAAAGAAGUGAAGAAGAGAGUUUAUGUUUGUCCUGAGCCCUCUUGUGUUCAUCACAAUCCAUCAAGAGCUUUAGGCGAUCUUACGGGAAUUAAGAAACAUUUCUGUAGAAAACAUGGAGAAAAAAAGUGGAAAUGCGAUAAAUGUUCCAAAAAAUACGCUGUUCAAUCUGAUUGGAAAGCUCACUCUAAGAUUUGUGGUACUCGAGAGUAUAAAUGUGAUUGUGGAACUCUGUUUUCGAGAAGGGAUAGUUUUGUCACCCAUCGGGCUUUCUGUGAUGCGUUAGCAGAAGAGAGUGCUAGAGCUCAAACACAACCUCAGCCUCAGAAUCAGAAUCAUCCUGUGGCGAAUCCCAGUUCGGAAUCCGACCUGAAAGUUCAGGCUGUGGAUUCAUCACCACUACCUGCACCGGCACCGGUGUCGUCUCUGGCUCCGGCACCAGCACCAGUGCAAGUUUCCGCCCCAGCUCCAGCUCCAACUCCAGCUGCACCGCCUCGGCCUCAGUCAACUAGUGUGAUAUCUACUUCAGUUUUGCCAGUUCAAAAUUGUGAGUUGCCUGAAAAUCCUGCUUCUAUUGUCGAAGAGGCUUUGGCUCCAGCUCCGGCACCAGCUGGCCGAAAUGGAAGUUGUAGCAGUAGCACCAGCUCAGGUAGCAAUGGGAGCAGCAGCAGCAGUGUAUUUGCAAGCUUAUUUGCAUCCUCAGCUGCAUCUGUGAGCUUACAACCUCCUCAACCUCCGGCUUUUACUGACUUAAUUCGAGCUAUGGGUCGCCCAGAUCAUCCAGCUGACCUUGCUCCAUCAACAUCUAAUGAACCAAUUUCUCUAUGCCUCUCAACCAACCAUGGUUCAUCAAUAUUCGGGACCGCAAGGCAAGAGCGCAGGCAGUAUGCACCACCACCACAACCUGCUAUGUCUGCCACAGCACUACUGCAGAAAGCUGCUCAGAUGGGAGCAGCAGCAACUAAUGCAUCCUUGCUUCGUGGUUUUGGUAUAGUUUCAUCAUCUUCAUCGUCUGCACAGCAAGAUAACUUGCAAUGGGGUCAGAUACAAGUUGAGCCUGACAAUGCCUCUGUUGCAGCAGGACUUGGACUUGGGCUUCCUUGUGAUGGAAGUUCAGGAUUAAAGGAAUUGAUGAUGGGAACUCCCGUAUUUGGUCCUAAGCAAACUACUCUUGAUUUUCUUGGGUUGGGGAUGGCUGCAGGUGGCAGCCCCAAUCGUGGCCUGUCAGCUCUAAUUACCUCCAUUGGAGGUGGACUUGAUGUUGCUGCAGCGGCAGCGGCAGCGGCAGCAGCAGCAGCAGCAUCUUUUGGAGGUGGAGAUUUUACCAGCAAGGACAUUGGAAGGAGCUCAUGACUUGGUAUAAAUAAGAAUUAUUCUUGUCCAUUUGACUUUGGGGAAAAUAUAAAAUGCACAGGGCCACCUGAUCUCGAACUAUUCUGGGUUAAGAAGAAAACGAUGGUAAUAUAUAAUUUUCCAUAAAGAAUUGCCAUUGUGGAGGAGGUUAGCAUCAAGGCAUCAAAGAGGCAGUUUGCGUCUUUUUUAUUGUUCUGCUGCCAUGUGCAUGACAAUGGCGAAAAUGACUUUUCUUGUUGCAGUAUAGCUUUUGUAGUAAAAGGAAAAUUCAAAAGUCAGAUGUAUUAGGAUACUGGAAUUGUAAGUUUGCUCUAGGAACAGCGACAUCUCUGUAAUUCCGACAUUCUUUGUAUCAGGUUUGUCAAGCUUGGAAACAUCUGUAAACAGCAGAUGGGAUGUGUUUUAGCUAUUAGAUUUUUAGCCCGGGCAUAGGCGGAUGUGUAGUGGAAAUUUUAGCAGUAAAGUGGAAUCCCAACAUGGACUGUCAAAUUGCCGAAAAUGGAAGGAUUUAGGUUGAUCCUGAUCAGUGGACUGGAUUAAGGUUCCAAUUUGUUCGAACCAAGCCAACCUUAAACAAUUCCAUCUGUUAUUUAUAUUUGCAAUUAAUUUAAAUUUGUUGUUUUAUGUAUUUUGUUUUUCAUUCUGGGAUCAUGGGAAUGAACUCAAAUUUAAUUUAGCCUGGUUUCUUGUUGAAAGAUAGAGCAAAAGCCUUUUUUUUUUUUUGUUCCUAUGAGAUAAGAUAGAAGUUAAUGCAGUCAGACAGAGAGGCUCAGUCAUUGUAACUGUGCAAUGUAGAGUUAUUUUCAUGUACGAAAUUGGAGAUAGGAAAAUCAAAUGAAGAUAUUAUUGGGGUCCCUCUUUAAUUUCUCAAGUGUUCCGAAGUCCUUACCCCAUAAAAAAUGUCGUCUCAAUAAACCUUUCUAGCAAGGAUUUUAAAUGCCAUGGCCCCUUUGAAUUCCAUUGUUGAGAGUCCAAUCUGAUUCUGUCUUUGCUUCCUUGUCGUUUUCCAGUUUCAGGUAAAACCUGCCCUCUUACAUGCUCUUGUAUUUAGCGGCCACCCCUUACGUCCUUAGCUGUCCUGUCUUUCUCUCCUCCACAUUUGUUUCCUCUGUUUUCACUGCAAUUUGAUGAAUUUUUAGUAAUUUAAUCUUAGUCGUGGCAGUUAAGUAGAAAUAGUAUAAUAAUCUUUGAGCUUUGAUGAUUGAACAAAGCAUAACAC